GACAAGAAGCCCGCGCUUUUCGGCUGCUUAUGAUGACGUCGGGCCUCAAGCGCCAUGGCGCCGCGGCGGCGGAGAUCCAGCUGCAGGAGGCGAGCUGAGGUAUGACCAACUCCAGGGUUCUGAAGCUUCAAUAAGCUGGCUGUAAACUGGUCCAGACUGUAGAACACCUUAUUGACCAUGAUCACAUGAUCUAGUUUGAAAUAAGCUUCUGAGGUGCUAAAUGAAGCCAAGAAAGUUAAUAAUGGCAGCAAAGCAACAGAAGACUUUCCUCCUGGCAAGAAAAUGCGUACAUGCCAGAGAAAGGGGCCUACGGCUGGAGGAAAGGAUGCAGACAGGACAAACAGCCAGCAAGACACGGUGAAGGCCUUGCUGAUAAAGGGCAAAGCUCCUGUGGACCCAGAGUGUACAGCCAAGGUGGGAAAGGCUCAUGUGUAUUGUGAAGGAGAUGAUGUCUACGAUGUCAUGCUAAAUCAAACCAAUCUCCAGUUCAACAACAACAAGUACUAUCUUAUUCAGCUGUUAGAAGAUGACGCCCAGAGGAACUUCAGUGUUUGGAUGAGGUGGGGCCGAGUUGGGAAGACGGGACAGCACAGCUUGGUGGCUUGUUCUGGUGACGUCAGCAAAGCAAAGGCAAUAUUUCAGAGGAAGCUCCACAGAUUCCUUGACAAAACCAAAAACCAUUGGGAAAAUCGUGAGAACUUUGAGAAAGUACCUGGAAAAUACGACAUGCUACAGAUGGACUAUGCUGCCAGUGUGCAGGAUGAAGACAAAACAAAGCAAAAGGAGUCUCUUGAAACUUUGAAGCCAGAGUCAAAGCUGGAUCUUCGAGUCCAGGAGCUGAUAAAGUUGAUCUGUAACGUGCAGACAAUGGAGGAGAUGAUGAUAGAAAUGAAGUAUGACACCAAGAAAGCCCCACUUGGAAAGCUGACUGUGAAGCAAAUCAAGGCAGGCUAUGAGUCUCUCAAGAAGAUUGAGGAUUGUAUUCGCACUGGCCAGCAUGGGCGAGCUCUUCUUGAAGCAUGCAAUGAAUUCUACACCAGGAUCCCACAUGAUUUCGGACUCUCUAUCCCUCCAAUAAUCCGGACAGAGAAAGAACUGUCAGAGAAAGUACAACUGCUAGAGGCACUGAGGGACAUUGAAAUUGCCCUUAAACUGGUGAAAUCAGGGCACCAAGGCCCAGAACACCCACUGGACCAACACUAUAGAAACCUACACUGUGCAUUGCGUCCCCUGGACCAUGAAAGUUAUGAGUUCAAAGUGGUUUUGCAGUACCUACACUCUACCCAGGCUCCUACACACAAUAACUACACCAUGACCUUGCUGGAUGUUUUUGAAGUAGAGAAGGAAGGGGAGAAGGAGGCCUUCAGAAAGGACCUUCCUAACAGGAUGCUACUCUGGCAUGGUUCCAGACUGAGUAACUGGGUAGGAAUCCUGAGCCACGGACUCCGAGUGGCCCCACCUGAGGCUCCCGUCACAGGAUAUAUGUUUGGGAAAGGAAUCUACUUUGCUGACAUGUCUUCCAAGAGUGCCAAUUACUGCUUUGCGUCUCCCCUAAAGAGCACAGGACUGCUUCUUCUAUCAGAGGUAGCUCUAGGUCAGUGUAAUGAGCUACUGGAGGCCAAUCCUAAGGCAGAAGGGUUGCUUCAGGGCAAGCAUAGCACCAAGGGGCUGGGAAAGAUAGCUCCCAACCCUGACCACUUUAUCACCCUGAAUGGGAGUACAGUGCCCUUAGGACCAGCAAGUGACACAGGAAUUCUCAAUCCAGAGGGGUAUACCCUCAACUACAAUGAGUUUAUUGUCUACAGCCCCAACCAGGUCCAUAUGCGAUACCUUCUAAAGAUUCAAUUUAAUUUUCUGCAGCUGUGGUAAAUGUUGAUUAAAUAAGCAAGAGAGGAUUCAAUCUUCAAACAAAACCCAGCAAUAUUACAUUUUUGAACUUUUUGGUCAUUUGUUUAAUAAAAUAGUAUAAAUCUA